AUGACUAGACCAAAGGCUUUUUUCGACAUUUCCAUUGGAGGCAAACCUCAGGGCCGUAUAGUCUUUGAGCUGUACAAUGACAUUGUGCCCAAAACGGCUGACAAUUUCCUGAAAUUGUGUAAAGGUGACGCUGGUAUGGCCAAGACCAAGCCCGACGUGCCAUUAUCGUACAAGGGCUCCAUCUUCCAUAGAGUAAUCAAAGAGUUUAUGUGCCAGUUUGGCGACUUCACCAAUUUCGACGGUACUGGUGGUGAGAGCAUAUAUGGUGAAAAAUUCGAAGACGAAAACUUCGCUGUUAAACACGACAAACCGUUCCUUCUAUCCAUGGCUAAUGCCGGUCCAAACACCAAUGGGUCACAGGCUUUCAUAACCUGUGUUCCAACACCUCACUUGGACGGGAAGCAUGUUGUGUUUGGUGAAGUUAUUCAAGGUAAAAGACUUGUCCGCUUGAUUGAAGGCCAACAAUGUGAUCAAGAAAAUAACAAGCCAAUGCGUGACGUAAAGAUCGAUGACUGUGGUGUGCUGCCAGAAGAUUACCAGGUACCGGCGGACGCGGAAGCCACCCCAACAGACCAGUACGGUGACAAUUAUGAGGAUUUUUUAAAGCAAGACGAAAAAGUGGACUUGACUAAAUUCGAUACCGUUUUGAAAGCAAUCGAAACAGUAAAGAAUAUUGGUACCGAGCAGUUUAAGAAGCAAAACUAUUCAGUGGCCUUGGAGAAAUAUGCCAAAUGCGACAAAUUUUUGAAAGAGUAUUUCCCAGAAGAUUUACCAAAGGAACAAAUUGAAACAAUCAAUCAGCUGAAAGUUUCCGUACCUUUAAACAUCUCUAUAUGUGCUUUGAAACUAAAGGAUUAUAAGCAUGUACUAGUGGCUGCAUCAGAGGUGUUAUACGCAGAAGCGGCUGACGAAAAGGCCAAAGCCAAGGCUCUGUACCGUCGUGGACUGGCUUACUUCCACGUCAAUGACACCGAUAUGGCGCUUAGUGACCUCGAAAUGGCAACCACUUUCCAACAAAAUGAUGCCGCCAUCUUGAAAGCCAUUGACGACACCAAAUUGAAGAGGAAGCAACAAAACGAAAAGCAAAAGAAAUCUCUUUCGAAGAUGUUCUCCUGA